AUGACAUCAAUGUCGAUGUCAAUGUACAGCCCCAACACAUACGGUGCGUCCUAUCGUUCCGUUGCGUUUGGAACGUGGAAAGUCGGCGAAGCACGACAAUUCUCCGACCGCUACAAACGGCACCGCACGCCGGAGCCGUUGCUGGAUGAGAGAAUUAAACGGUAGGUUUUUUGAAUUUGUAAAGAAAGUUUUUAUCAUUUUUUGCUUUGUAAAGAAAGUUCUUGCAAUUUUUUGCUUUGCAAAGAAAGUUCUUGCCAGUUUUUGUUUUUUAAAGAAAGUUAUUGCCAUUUUUUGCUUUGUAAAGAAAGUUCUUGCAAUUUUUUGCUUUGUAAAGAAAGUUCAUGCCAGUUUUUGUUUUUUAAAGAAAGUUAUUGCCAUUUUUUGCUUUGUAAAGAAAGUUCUUGCCAUUUUAAUGCAUAUUUAAUAUAAUUUCAAGACCUGCAGGCUUCGAGGACAAGUUAUACGAUAAAAAAAUGUAGAUCGGGCCUUACGAUCGGGCCGGCUUGAGUAAAAAACCAAGCCUCAACCUUGGCUCUUGGCCCGUUUUUCAUCCCUAGUCCUACUAUACCCUCCCCUAACCUACCCUUAUUUUUUGAAAUAAUGUUGAGUCAUAGUAGUAUCGAGAGUGCGCGCGAAAGAUUAGAGCCCAAGAUACGAUACGAAGAUAACACUGAAUGAAUAAUGCGCAUCUUCAGUUUAUAACUUGAGUAAUUAUGGCUUACUCAAGAGUUAAGAGUCGAGAUUGUGAUCAGUAUAAAGGCAUUGUCUUUGGCCUUCAAAACUCUUUUUUUAAUUACAGUUAACUGCUUUAAAAGAGCUCGUUUUAAGACCAUCGUAUAACAUGUUCCCGCAGGCUGCAGGACUUUAUUUUGACUAGAUAUCGUUUCGACCUUUAAGAAUAAGGAAAAAAAGUUCUUGCUAUUUUCUUUUGUAAAGACAGUUCUUGCCAUUUUCUGUUUUGUAAAGAAAGUUUUUGCCAUUUUUUUUGUAAAGAAAGUUCUAGCUAUUUCUUGUUUUGGAAAGAAAGUUCUUGCCAUUUUUUGUUUUGUAAAGAAAGUUCUUGCCAUUUUUUGUUUCGUAAAGAAAGUUCUUGCUAUUUUUUGUUUUGUAAAGAAAGUUCUUGCGAUUUUUUGUUUUGUAAAAAAAGUUCUUGCAUUUUUUAAGCUGAGACGAAGCCUAAGACAGGCCAAAUGUAAAGCUAGAGCUACCUCUUAAAGUUUGUAGGCUUACUAUCGACAUAGCGAAACAUAUUUGCAAGGUCAACAACCCACUUUUAUUAAUUUCCUGAAGCUUAAAAAGAUAAUGUCGUCACGUUUCUCAACGUGAAAUUAAUUACUUUCCCUUAUGUUUGCACUCGAACCUAAUGAAAUCUCACGGAAAAAACAAAUCCUCCCCCAUUUGACAAGAAUUUGGCACCCGAAACGCUUCCCUCGCCAGUUGUUUCAACCUUGAUUUUUUCAUUUUUUUCGUUUUUUUUUAUUUUAUCAAUCGCAGUUAAAUUUUUAUGGGAUAUAUAAGGAAGCGGGUACACUUUUUUUACUUGGAUUGUACAAGUUUUACGAGACGGCGUGGAUUUUAAGUUGGCGAGGUUUUGUCAUUUUAGUUUACGUGUGAGCUUAGGUCAUGGUACAGCAGGAUGUGAUAGGCAGAGCAAGAUGUCUUAUAGGGUAGAUGGGUUUGGUAAGCACGGGUCGGACAUAGUCUUUUGUUGGGCAUGGUAGAGAAUGAAUUUUUAUAGGGUGUAGGGGAGGGCAUGGUAUUUCAUAAGGUGGUGUUGGUGAGGAGAUACGAUUUUAUGAAAUAGGGUUGGUGUUUGAUAUUCUAGAAAAGACGUAUUAUAAUCUCAUAGAACGUGUAAUGUAUAGUCUAGAGCAGAAAAUGGUAGUUUACAGCGUAGAGUAGAGCAUACUAUAACGUAGGGCAUGGUAUGGCUAAGGCUAAGGUUAAGGCUUUUAAUAUUCAAGGCCAAACCUUGAUUUCAAACUUUUAUGACAUUCCAAUUUGUUAUCCAAUAAAAUUUGAAAAACCUUCAAAUGACGCUUCGAAUGACAAUCAAAUGUUUUCUUUUGAAUUCAGUCCAAACCGCCCCAAUUCUUUUAUCUCAACAAAACAAACAUCGGAUCAAAAAAGACUUUUGUGACUCUCAGGUAUUUUCUUACCUUUCGGGAUUUCUCGAAAGAAGAAGACCACGUUCUUACUGUCUGGCGGGUUUACGAGGGAGGGGAGGGUUAGGGUUGGAGCGUGCAACGGUUUUUUAAAAUAAAAUUUUUUUGAUGUAUAGGUCUUGAUCUGGGGCUAGGGAUAAUACUAAGGUCAUGGUUAGGGCUAUGACAAGUCGAUAUUCUGAAAACUUUAAAGUUAGGUGGGGAGGGGCAUAGGGUGUAGGUGAAUGUGUAAAAUUUUGUAAAGAAAGUUUACUAUUCUUUGUUUCGUAAAGAAAAUUCUUGCCAUUUUUUGUUUUGUGAAGAAAGUUCUUGUCAUUUUUUGUUUUAUAAAGAAAGUUUUUGCCACUUUAUGUUUUGUAAAGAAAGUUCUUGCUAUUUUUUGUUUUGUAAAGAAAGUUCUUGCCAUUUUUUGUUUUGUAAAGAAAGUUUUUGUAAUUUUUAUAAACAUUUAUUUUAAAUUAUUGAAAUCGUCAAGGGUGUUUAAAAAUUUUGAAAGCAGUUGAAACUAAUUUUCAAGAGUUUAAUUGAAGCUCUCGAAAAGGGCAUUUGACCUCAAAUCGUAAACUCUUACAGAAAUUUUACAGCUUUUUAAACGUUUCUAAUUCAAGCACUAAAAGCAAAAGAACUUUCUUUACAAAACAAAAAAUAGCAAGAACUUUCUUUACAAAACAAAAAAUAUCAAGUAAUUUCUCGGGUUUUAACUCAGGCCGGCCCGAUCGUAAGGCCGGGGCUACAUUUUUUAAUCGUAUAACUUGGCCGCCGCAGUCUGCAGGGCGAAUAAUUAAAAAUAAAUUGAUUAAAUAUUGCAAAAACUUUCUUUACUAAGCCAAUAAAGGCAAGAACUUUCUUUACAAAACAAAAAAUAGCAAGAACUUUCUUUCCAAUUAUGGUUUUUUAAACUUUUUUUUGCCAUUAUCAUUAAAAACUUCAAAAAUCAUGUUAUUUUUGAUUGAAAUUUGAUCCAAGAACGAAAAAAGUCUUUCGAAUUGAUUGAUAUUUUGGCGAAUGGCCAGAGGCAAUUUAAUUUGUUGAUAAGGUCGAGAAUCGGUUGUUUUUGCAAUCAAAAAAGCUGUUAAUUGGUUGUUGACACUUUGCUUUAUGACGGCUAGCUGAGCACUUGUUUUUGGCUACUUUUUGACUCUUGUAAAGAAUGUUCUUGCCACUUUUUGCAUUGUAAAGAAAGUUCCUUCCAUUUUUCGUUUUGUAAAGAAAGUUCUUGCCGUUUUUUGUUUUGUAAAGAAAGUUUUUGCUAUUCUUUGUAUUGUAAAAAAAGUUCUUGUCAUUAUUUGCUUUGUAAAGAAAGUUCUUGCCAGUUUUUGUUUUGUAAUGAAAGUUUUUGCCAUUUUUCGUUUUGUAAAGAAAGUUCUUGCCUUAGCCAACUUUUUUUCAGAAACCAAUCCACGGACACAUCAGAAGACGCCCUUCUGCCAUCCACUUCAAAGUCGUUGAGUCAAUCAUUGAGUUGCGCCCAGCUGGACGUCUUUAUUAAGCCUACGGCGAAUUUGUUAAGCCUAAAUUUGAAAAGCCGGACUUGUGAAACUCAGCGGAAGUUUAGGCACAUCAACUUGGAACGGCAAGAAAGUGUUGACUUGGGUGAAGGGUACUACAACAAUAUACCAACUGGUACUGUUGGGACUGAUUUUGGGGCUGAUAGUACUGUUGGUACUAUAGAUAGAGCAAAUUUUGCCACUGCAGACCAUUUGGAGAGCUCUAAUACUCAAAAAGUCCAAGUUGGUACAAGUGGUACUACUGGUACACAUUUCGGUACAGCUGGAGGUAUUGAUACUCAAUUGAAAGAGUUUAGUCCACUUUCAAUAACAACUGAAAAAUCGACCAAUUUCAACUCACCUGAGUGCCAAAAUCGACUAAAGGUCGAUAAUUUUGAGAAAGAAGGUACUGUAGAUUCAACAGCAUCAUUCGAAGCCCUAGAAGCCAGUAUCAGUCAGUCAGAAGGUCCUAGAAGCCGAAAAUUUUCAAUUUCAAAGAAUUUUGAAAACUCGACCGAAAAUCGACCAAAACGACUUAAAAAACAAGAUACUGUAAUUUCAAGCGACCAGUCGAUUAUUGAAGACACUAUAACAAAAUCUACAGAUAAUUUGAUUAGUUUAAAUUUAUCGACCAACCGACCAGUCGAAUUUAAAAAUUUUGAUUUUUCGACCCAAAAUACAACUGAAAUUUCAAAAACACUCCCUAAGUCGACCAAGCUGGCGCCCCAUCCGCUAGCUAAAUCUAAAAGCAGCUCAGCACCAUUCCAGCACAGUACUAGUUUAAGCAAGAAUAGUACCAGUUUGGCGAAGAACAGUAAUAGCUUGUCUGAAGCGGAAAAAGAGCUGAUCAACAAAUUCCGACCGGUCGAUAUUUAUGCCACUUUGAAAGGUCACAAAAGCCAAGUUAGUCCUAUGGAAGGGAGAAAAGAACGUGCUAUGAGUUUAGCACCACAUCAUCAAUGUGAAUUGUAUCAUGCUACUGAGUAUGUACAAUAUUGUCAAGAGUAUAGACCUAGGAAGAGCUGUUGCAAUUAUGAAAAUGGUAAGUUGAGCUUCUGUUUUAUAUGGGCUAGGCUUAGGUUAUGACAAAAGCACUGUUUAGGCUGGGCUACGGUGUGAGAAAGGUACUAUUAAGACAGGGUAUGUAUUGACAAGAGUAAAACUAAAGCAAGACUAGGGAAAGUCUAAAAUAAUGCUACAGUAAAGAUAUACCACUUUUUAAAAACAAGGAUAGGGUAAUUCAAAUAUGACAUAAGAAGAGAUCAGAGCAAAACCAGCAAUGAUCCCCCACAGUAUUUCAGCCUUCAGUAUGGCUAAGUUAAGGCUAGGGUUAAGCUAAAUUAAUGCAAUUGGCAAUAGUAAAGCAAUGGCUAGAGAAGGACAGUGGCAAGGGUAAGGAGUAGAAAGAGUAAGACAGUAGAAAGAGUAAGGUAGUGGCAAGAGAAGGGCAAUGGCAAAUUCAAGGUAUUGGUAAGUGAAAGGCAGGAGCAAAGAAAGGGCAGUGGCCAGGGAAGGACAGUGUCAAGAGUAAGGUACUAAAAAGGAACAGUGUAGUGGCAAGAAUACAGUAAUGACAAGAGUUAGGCAGUAGCAAAAAAAAGGUAGUAGCAAGGAUAGGACGGUGGAAAGGGUAGGGUAGCGGCAAGGAUACAGUAAUGGCAAGGGUUGAUCAGUUGCAAAAGCUGGACAGUGGCAAGGGUAGGACGGUGGGAUGGGUAUGGUAAUAACAAAGAUAAGGUAGUGGCAAAGACACAAUAAUGGCAGGGCUAGGGCUGUGACAAAAGUAGGAUAAUGUAGGGCAGGUUAGAAUAGGGUAGGUUAAGGUAGGGUAGGGUAGGGUAAGGUAGGGUAGGGUAGGGUAGGGUAGGGUAGGGUAGGGUAGGGUAGGGUAGGGUAGGGUAGGGUAGGGGUGGGGUAGGGUAGGGUAGGGUAGGGUAGGGUAGGGUAGGGUAGGGUAGGGUAGGGUAGGGUAGGGUAGGGUAGGGUAAGGUAGGGUAGGGUAGGGUAGGGUAGGGUAAGGUAGGGUAGGGUAGAGUAGGGUAGGGUAGGAUGGUCGUAAAACAAAGAAACAGGUAUUCAAACAGAAUUCAGGAAACGCUAAUUCUAAUUUCCUGAAGAAUGGUCAUUCCCCUCUCCUCCGAUUUUUAAUGUCAUGCGUUUACGAAAACAUUUGCACAUUAGUUAUUGCUAAUCAAAACUCUCUUUUUCCUUCGGCGAUUUUCGUCUCGAAAUUUUCGGUUUUUUGUUUCAAAAACUGAGUCAUAAGGAUGUUUUCUUAAAGCAAAUAUUUUGUUUUUUGAGAUUAUAAGGUUUUGGGACAUACUAGGGCUUGGUUUUUGAUUUUGAAUAUUGGGAUUGUGGUUAUAAAAAUGUAGUUUUAUAUGAUUCUUCUAUAUUAUAGUGGAUGGCAUAAAUGAAAGUGUUAAUUUUUUUUAAUUUAUAGGUUAGCUUAGAAAGCGGAUUAGUAAGCUUAGUAAGCUUGGGCUCAUUAGAUUUAAGUUUGGUAGGUACAGGCUACGUAUGCUUAAGCUUACUAGGUUUAGGCUUAGUAGGCUUUGGCAUAGAAGGCUUGGGCUUAUGAGGUCUCGGAUUAGUAUUCUUUAGCUUAGUAGGCUUAGGAUUUGUAGGCUUAGGUUUAGAAAGCUUUGGCUUAGUAGGUCUAGGCUUAGUAGGCUUAGGCUUAGUAAGCUUAGGAUUAAAAAGCUUAAGCUUAGCAGGUUUAAGCUUAGUAGGUUUAGGGUUAGUAGACUUAGACUUUGUGGGCUUAGGCUUUGUAGGCUUAGGCUUUGUAGGCUUAGGCUUAGUAGGCUUAGGCUUAUUAGGCUUAGGCUUAUUAGGCUUAGGCUUAGUAGGCUUAGGCUUAGUAGGCUUAGGCUUAGUAGGCUUAGGCUUAGUAGGCUUAGGCUUAGUAGGCUUAGGCUUAAUAGGCUUAGGCUUAGUAGGCUUAGGCUUAGUAGGCUUAGGCUUAGUGGGCUUAGGCUUAGUAAGCUCAAGCUCGGGUUUAAGCCUUGUAUAUUCAGGCUUGGGUUUAAGUUUAGUAAGCUUUGGCAUAUUAGGCUUAAGCUUAGUAACCUUGGGCUUAGCAGGUUAGGCUCACUAUUUUUUAAACGUGUGAACAAAAGUUUUGUCUUUUUUACAAAGAAUGUUUAAAUUUCAAAACAAUAUUAUACACAAAGACCUUGUGAAUUGUGAGUUGAUUUGAAAUUCAAUACAUUCAGCGUUCUAGGAAGUGAUUGUCAUUUCACACUGAGUAAUCUUGUGUUUCUUGUCAGCUUACUUUUUUUAAAUUUUAAAAAUUUGUCAAUUUUUUUUAAAAAAAAAUUUUAAAUUUAAAAAAUUCGAGUGAGUUUGGCGACAAAUUUGGUUAGAAUGGAAUUCUUUAACCUUAAAUGUAAUCAGCCGUAUAAUGCAUCCGUUCGGCGGCAAGCCAUGAAACCUACGACGCUGUUUUGAAAUUACAAAAGCUUUGUCAUUGUUUUACUGUUAGAUCGAAUUUGGAUUAGUACAAAAUAGUACGGUUAGUUGGAUUAGUAUAAGGCUUAAAACGAAAAGUAGACUUUGCUUUAGGUUUAGGUAAUGCUAAUUUAAAGCUUAGAUUUAGUUUAGUCUUUGACGAAGACAUAGAAUCUAACAUAUUGGUAUGGGACAGACUUAGGCUUAAGAUUAGGCUUAGGCUUAGGCGUACGGUUAGGCUCACCUUCAGAUUCAAGCUGAAGCUGGUAGGCAUAGGCUUUGUUUUAGGCUUAAAUUAAACAGAAUUAGGUUUAGGUUUAGGUUGUGCCUUGGACUUGGACAUAAGCUUGGGCUCAGGUUUAGGCUCAGGUUCAUGCUCAGGCUCAUGCUCAAGCUCAGGCUCGGGCUAAGGCUUAGGGUCAAUCUCAGGCUCAGGCUCAAGCUUAGGCUCAGGCGUAAACUCAGGUCCAUGCUUCUGCUCAGGCUAUAUGCUUUGGACCCUCGCUUAGAUUUGAUCAACCUUAGACUCAAGGUCAGGCACGUGUUUAGGUUCAAUUCUAAGCUAAACGCAUGUCCUUGUUAAUCUAAUUUUUUAAAUUUAAAACGUAAAAAUUACAAACUAGGACCGGUUCACAAAACAUUUUUCUUAAUAUUUUAAUUUUUUGUUCCGUUACAAUAGGAACACUCUAGCAGGCGUUAUUCUUGUUUCGGGCGUUCCGAUUAUUAUCUUUUUCAAAGAUGUUUUGCAGUUUUUUUUCAAAUUUUUUUCGAAACAAGCCCUCGAGCAGCGUUUCCGUCGCGCAUUCUCGAGCGCUUCCUCAACGCAUGAUAUUGCCCUUUAAGUGCCGUGCCGUUGGUGCUCUUGUUUUUGAGAUUUGCUUAUGAAUGGAGGGGGGGGCAAGGUAAGAUGGAAGGAGAGGAGGGAUGGAGGGAGGGGUGGGUUAAUGGGAGGGAGUUUUAGAACUAAUAAAGAUUUUGAGGGUAAAGGGGGAGGUGUAAUUAAAGAAUCUUUGAGUAAAGGCUAGAAAUUUAAGAGAAAAUUGUUUUUUAAGAGCGGAGGUAGAGGGCGGGGGUAAAAAUAUUUAGGGGGUGUUUUUAAAAAAUUUUUUUUGCAAUUACUAACAACAUUUUUUAGUCACAGGGCAGUGUAAGAUUUUAUUUUAAAAUUUUUUUAAAUGUAAAAACAUUUUUUUUUGAAAUUUUUAAAAAUUUUAAAAAUUGUUAAUUUUCAGUUUUCAUCGACUCCCACCCACGCCCAGACCUAAACCGCUCAAUGGACGCAUUAAACGACCGUAUCAUUCACUACCCCCAACCCAUAGCCGGCCAUUUCGCCUACAUACCACCGAACCAAGCCCGGACCGUUUCACAAUUCGGCGGCCGUAGCUUGGCCGAAGUGAUAGGACAACGACGUAUGGUACAACUACCAGUUGGCGGUACUCUGGGACGAGCGUUUUAUCCAGCACCGAGAGAUUGUAAACGGGCACCAUUGAAUGUGGAGAGAACUUUUCAACCACCUGUACCAGUGGUACCGGUUCAGAGAGAGUUUGUCAUUGAUUCACAGUUUGGAGAAGGAUUACGGUAUCGAGCUAAGAGUCUGGAAAACACUAACAGGUGGGUUUAA